GCACCAAGCAUUCAGUCCAACGCUCCGGACAUAUUUUCCCUCCUCGACCUUUCCACCUCUAUUGUGGAGCGCACAUUGCAAUAUCGUCGCGCCCCGCACAGCAUUAUGGGGCUUUUCGGGCGGAAGAAAAACCCCAGCGGAGCUCCCUCGAGUUCGGGAAAACAAUCCAGUCGCUGGAAGAAGAUCUGGCGCUGGAAAUUGCGCGAUUCAAACAACAUUUCACCAGUUCAAAAUGAAUACGAAGUGAACAAUGCGGCCAGUGUUACCGGACCGAAUGCAACAUCUGUCGAGUUAUUGCAUUCCGAGUCCUGCCCAACGAACAACAACCCAAUCCCGAACGAUGGCCGUGUAACGGCAGCCUUAACGUCUUCAUGGGAUCUGGCAUAUGAAGCUCUUCGAGAAGAGAAACCAGAAAUAAUGCAGGCAUACGAGGAACUGCUGUCCAAAACCUUGCCUUACCUAAAAAAGACAUCCUAUCUAAGGAGUCUAACGAGCAGGCGAGGCCACUCCACGCGUCCAAUACCGAAAUAG